AGGAAAAAAUUACUUCGAAUAACCUCAGGAACUCUUAAUUUCCUGGAAGUACCAUAAUUUUUGGAUAUCUUGUAUGGAUUGAUGCGCCGAAACUCGGAUGCGAACAUUCUCAUGCCUUUUCAUAUCUCGUAUUCGUAUCCCCUCUGGUACAUAUAUCAUAUACGCACAUAUGCACAUGAUUUAAAAUAAAGAAUACAUUCCAUACGUAUGUUUUGUGAUUAGUAGUGGUGUUAUAGAAGAAUAGUCACAAAACAAGUAUAAUUAACCAGAAUGUCAACUUCAAGAAAGACUAAAACAAGGCGUGAUAGUGAAUCUCCAGACAUUAAUGCUAAGAGAAUAAAAAUUUCAGAAGAAUAUUGCGAAGAUACAGAGUAUAGUGUUGCAAGUACAAUUGAUACAGCACUUGAUAUUUCUGAAAAAUUGUUAUUAUUGGAACGUAACUUGACUACCGAAUUAGGAAAUAUCACAUUUCGUCUACCUGUAGAAUAUGUUUAUAGCCCUCUUGAAUAUGCAUUUGAUGUACAUGCUAAAUAUGUCAAAAAAUAUUGUUCUACUACAAAAAGGAUUUUAUUUCUUGGAAUGAAUCCUGGUCCUUGGGGCAUGUCUCAAACUGGUGUUCCAUUUGGAGAAAUAAGUAUGGUUCGUGAUUGGUUAAAGAUUUGUGGACCAGUUGGAAAACCUGCCAAAGAACAGCCAGAUAGAAAAGUAACUGGAUUUCAAUGCACACGUAGCGAGGUCAGUGGAAAAAGAUUAUGGGGACUUUUCCAAGAAUUAUGUGGAAAUCCAGAAAACUUCUUUGAACAUGCAUAUAUACAUAAUUAUUGCCCUAUUGCAUUCAUGGAUAAGAAAGGGCGCAACAUUACACCAUCUGAAAUAAAGGGAACUGAAAUACAAAAAGUACACUCUGCUUGUGAUAAAGUUUUGGCAGAUACAAUUCGACUACUAAAAGUAGAAAUUCUUAUUGGCAUUGGUGGAUAUGCAGAAAAACGUGCUCAACUCGUAGUACAAUCUCAUAAAUUGUCUACCAAGGUUCUAUGUUUACCUCAUCCUAGUCCAAGAGCUGUAAAUAAUAAAAACUGGAAUGAAAAAGCAACAAAAAAAUUAAGUGAGUUUGGAUUACUUGAAUGUUUUACCAGUUAAGUGUAUUUAUUAAUCCAAAGACAUUUUGAAAAAGAAUAUUUUGAAUUUUCAAAUA